UUUAAAUUUUAUUAAACAAUAAAACCUUUUUCUGCCUGCCAGCCAGCCAGCCAGCAGUUGGGUUUGCGUUGUGUCUUCAGCGAUAUCGCCUAGCACAUCUGUUUUGUAAGUCCACUUUAAAGCUUUAGCAGCCCACUCUGGUGUAAUGCAGUCAUAAACAUGGUCAUUAACGAAAUGGAUUUGGGCCAGCGCACUCGAUGCAUUUUCAUUACUGGCGCGUUAUUAAUCAUUGUCUGUCAAACGAAGUGCGAGCCGCAGCACCACCACAAUGUAAAUGGAAGUGCGCGCGCUGCAAUGAGCCCAAACAACUCCAGUCGCACACACAAUCAGACGCACAGGAUACUGCUGCUGACCGCCAUGGGCACAUUGGCUCUGUCUGCGAUGGGUUGUUUGGGCUGCUGCUGCUGUUGGUGCUGCCGCUCGUCGCGCCACAAGGCUGAUAGCCUGGACGCUUAUGCUCCGCGCUCGCAGAGCAUUGUGUGGCCACCAUUGCCAGAGGAGACGGCCUGUGUGCUGGAGGUGACCUUUCUACAUGCGCCCAAUGCUGUAGAUUGCAUUUGCCGAGCCUGCUGCCAAGCCAGAAAUAUAAUUCGGAUUGAAAAUUGGUUUAACUCUACCGAAUGUUGACAUGAAUUUAUAUGUAACACAUUUUAUUU